AUUUGGAAUAUUGCGAUUGGAGAGGUUUCAAGAUUUUCGUUUUUUCGUCCAAAUUUUACCAUGUUUAGGUACCACGUGUUUUGAUUAAAGCACGCACAUGGCGAUCUAUUUACGUUUUCAAAUUUUGGCGCCAACUGAAAUCAUGCGUGUCACCUGAUUGUUCUCAAAGGGCUAUUACAAAAUUAUUACAGACGAUUGGCUGUGUUAUUAUAAUUGGGAUAGAGGAUGGCGGGAAAACAUUUCUUUUUGUGCAUUGGCGUUUUCCGAGGUUUGCAGUUGCACUUUCGCAUGGAGUGGAAAGGGUGUGCUUCGUAGAAUAAAUAAAACCUUUUAGAGGUGUUGAUUUAGACUAAGUAUCCAAAUUCUGGAACUCGUUGAAUUCAUAAACAUUGCAAAACCAUGACUUCACGAGAAACUGUGUCGUCAAAGGGAAGAAAAUCUAACAUUAACGUCAAUCGAAACAGUUGCCAGACAAGAAAGAGGAAAGGGCGGGCUUCCACGUCGACGUGCUCUUUGGAAGAACUGUCUCUGGAGGCAAAUGAACUACUAGAAAGUCCAGCAAAAGAGCCAAGGCUUGAUCUUGAGAAAAGAAGAUCUUUAAGGAGCUAUAAUGGCAAAAGAUUCCUAGAAGCAAACCAAGUAAUCUACAUCAAUGAAACAGAACUUUGUGUAAAUAACCGUUUUGGGUCUGUAUUGAAAAAUGGAUCUCCCUUACCACAUUUACCUUGGGCUGACCCUAAAGAUGUUUGGGAAAGAAUGAAGAACAGAGAACAAGACUACAAGAAAGAUUUUCAUUAUUUAAAGAGGCACCCUUCAUUACAAGUUAGAAUGAGAUCAAUUUUGCUAGACUGGCUUAUUGAGGUUUGUGAAGUGUACAGGCUACAUAGAGAAACCUUCCACCUAGCAGUUGACUUUGUUGACCGCUACCUUUCCUACCAAUCAAAAAUAGCAAAACAACGGCUUCAGUUAAUUGGAGUAACAUCUUUGUUUAUUGCAUCAAAAAUUGAGGAAAUAUAUCCCCCAAAAAUAACUGAAUUUGCAUAUGUGACAGAUGGAGCAUGCACUGUUGAAGAGAUCACAAAACAAGAGCUCUUGAUUCUUCAAUCGCUGAAAUGGAAGCUUAGUCCAGUAACCUCAAAUUCAUGGUUGAAAAUCUAUCUUCAAAUUGCUAGUAGCAAAUCGUCAAGACCUCAAAGAAAUAAACCAGAAACACAUUUUGAAUUUCCAAGAUAUCCUGCAAUCCAGUUAGCACAAGUUUCACAGUUGACAGAUUUGUGUAUCUUGGACAUCCAAUCUCUUCAGUUCCCAAAUAGUGUCAUCGCUGCUGCAAGUCUUUAUCACAUCUUUCCAAACCUUGAUAUCUCUUUAGUAACUGGUUAUCAACUAAAAGAUCUAUGUAAAUGUAUUCAAUGGCUCGUUCCUUUUCACGAAGUUGUAAAAGACAGAAAAGUCAAUAGCAUCAAACAGUUUGACAAAAUUCCGUUCGAUGACGCACAUAACAUCCAGGUUCAUAACAGUGGGAUUUCUUUGUUGGAUCAAGUACAUGAAAGAAUGCGCAAGGCAUCAACAAUGGAAGCGAUAACACGGACUAGCCCAAUCCAGUACGAGGGCAUUUUAACCCCGCCCAGUAGUACGAAAAAGGAUUAUUAGCACGUGUGAAAUACAUGUGUGAAUUGGUUAUAUAAAUGUAGAUUUAUAUGAUAAUUUGUGCUAGAGGUAGCCGGCCGAUAAUUUAUUCACGUGUAUCUGUAGAUUUCUAUGUAGAUCAAGAGGUAUUCAAUCAAACGACAGCCUUUUGUCGAAACGAGCUGAUAUUCGCUCGGUUUUAUCAUAAUAUGUAAAUGCAUGCUCCUUAACGGACAAUAAGAGAAAUUUCGACAGCUAUUUUAAGUUACCGAGAUGUAACAAGAAAUUUAGACAUGAUUUGUCACCAAGAUUCUUCAAUUGAUUUACAGGGUAUUUACUCUUUUAUGUAUUCGUUUUAGAAAUUAAUCUCACCCGGAAAAGCCCCUCUUGAAGGCACAUUUAUCGUCUUGUCAACAAAACUAAUCUGUAAAUAAAAUCUUCAGAUAAAAAAUAUCAAAUUAUAUUUUAAUUUCCUGGAAAUAGUUCAUCUCAACGUUUGGGUUUUCAAUUUUCUUGAAAGAGGUCCUUUUAGUUGACUUGAUAAAUGGUUUUCUCGAGGUACAAUUUCCUUAUCUUGGUAAAAAAAAGUCUUUAUAAAUACCCUAACCAAGUCGAAAGUCUCUCAAACUAGACAUCCCUAAAAUGAUCAAAAAAAUUGCACGACGACAAUAAAUCAAGCAUUUUAAUUUCGCACCUUGAGUAGUAUUUACUCUUCGUGCUAUUGUGUUUAAACGUUUUGACCCUUUGCAGGAUCGUUUUCAGCCUUAGAAAUAUGCGUAACAUUUUUGGCACUAUUUUAAGUGUCCACCUUCCCAAUUAAAAUGGAUUUUUCAAAUUUUUGACUUAUCUUCUUUUUUAAAAUAAUUUUGUAAAAAAUUGCUCGUAGAACUUAUAAAAAUUCCACGAGACUUAAAAACCAACCCCCCCCCCUACCCUCCAAUUUUCUGGCAGGCCAGUGUCAAUAAAUUUAUAUGCUCUAUGUUAUGCAUAUUUCAUUUGAAUUCCUGCACUUUCUUUGAUAAAGUUGUUGCAUUGUUGAUUUUAUUUCUUCACCUUAGGGAUAUUUUUAUCAAUUAUUAAUAUUUUCAAGUGUGUAUUCUUCCGAUAAUAACUUAUGAAUUUGA